AUGGAGUCCAAGGAACGCUACACCGAGCUCUGCAGGCUUUGCGCUUCCUACGAUGCUAUAAAAAUGGACAUUUUUGGUAAAGAGGGACGGAGUCGGCAGCUUGUCGACAAAAUUCAGACCUGCCUUCCCUUCAAGAUUGCAGAAAAUGACAGGCUACCGAAAUGUGUUUGCUAUCGGUGCAUGUAUAAUUUGGAAAAUUUUUACGACUUCAGAACAGCAUGCGUCAACGCAGUGGCCCUUCUUGAGAGGUGCCUGCCACCCCACCACGGUGAUAUCGGGGAUGGAACACAAAACCACGGCCAUCAGUUUACUCAGCUGCGUUCAGAACUCCUCAAGGAAAAAGAAAACAUGCCAAUACUCAUUCCAGAAGCACCCAUAGUAAACCCCAACGGUGCUUUAGGAACUCCGCCAAGAUUGAAUUCGGAUGGAGAAGCAGAUCAUGAAAUUGAAGAGAUCCUUGAUCACGGUGCCAGUGAUGAUGGUGCUGAUGAUCACGAUGACCAAAAAUCAGAAGAGUAUGAAAUGGAUAUGGAAACAAACCCAAGUGACUUUUUAGAACUGACGUCCAUGGUCACUGAUGAUGUGGACGAAGGUGACUCGCUCAAUGUUCCAGGGACUAAUAAUGAAUCUGGUAUAUUUCAACAUACCUCAGAACAACACGAAGUUUAUGUCUGUUCUUUAUGCAACAAAGCGUUUAGUUCGAAAGGACACUUGUCACUGCAUGCUAGAAUCCAUGUUGGAGCAGGUGAUAUAGUUGGAGAAAAGGUCAUCACUGACGAUCAUACAUCAUACAAAAGGCCAUAUCAAUGCGAUUUAUGCAACAAAUCAUACUCCACUGCGAAACAUAGGUGGGGUCAUGUAUCUACUACCCACAGAGGACAUCCAGCAGUGACUUGCAGGUACUGUUCACGGAUUUACUCGACAAGAACAAAUUUGGAAGAACAUAUAAAGUCGCGGCACGCAGGCUUACCUCCACCUCCUGAGUUGCCGUUACCCUAUGUUCAACAAGAUAAUAAAUUUCAGUGCAAAUCAUGUCCAAAAAUGUACACAAAUGUGACAGAUCUAAACAAGCACAGUCGAAUAUGCGCUGGUGAACGAAAGAAAGAAACUUCCAACAAGAUUUCUAUGCAAAAAAUGACCAAGACUGUUAUCGACACAUCUGACUUGUCAAGUUUAGAUUCUGACGACGAAGGCAAAGAUUAUAGGGAUGCAAAAGCAAAACUGGCAAAAAAUCCCCAGUUAACAAUUCUUAAACAAGCCUUGACAAAAAAGGAGAAUUUCAAACGAGAUUUUGACGAACCAAGAACAAACCAAAAACCGAAGAAAAUAUGUAGAACAGAUAGCAGUGAAACAGACGGACAGAAGAGGUGGUAUUGUGAGACAUGUCCUCAGAGCUUUACAUCUGUGGAUAGUCUUAAAGAACAUGAACUCACUCACGAUGCUGACAAACCCUUUAUUUGUAUUUUGUGUGAAAAAGAUUUUUCAUUGAAGUCAUCACUAAGUAGGCACAUUGUGGCAUCUCACGGCGUUGAUCCCAGUCCAAUAAUUGAUAGUGAUAAAUGCCUGAAAAGAUCUGCUGCUUUACAGAUGUCCAACAAACCAAAAGAAACAGUAACCAAUGAGCGCAGUAGGGAUAUUUCAGAUUCCUCAUUGUCCCCUCAGGGUAACCCUGAAAAUGAAUCUGAACAUGAAAGUAGUCCAGAGAACAUGAUUGAAAUUGAAACUGUUUUCGUCUGUGAAAUCUGUACUCGUGAUUUCAAUGAUCGUGCUUCACUGUGGUUGCAUAUUCGAGCAACUCACAAAGAAUAUGCAGCAUUUGCAUGUGGCGUGUGUUUAAAAAUUUGCUCUGAUAAUACUCAGCUGCUCAAUCACGUCAAUAUGUACCAUGGAGGAUCUAAGUUACAAGUUUCUGAACAACGAAGGUACAGUUGUACAAUUUGCGGCAGGCAACAUGAUUCAAGAAAAAAAUUGAUAACACAUGUCUCAAUACACAGCGUUGACCCUAGCUAUGACCCAGCCAGUUUUGUUCAGCUCAAUAGUAAUUACUAUAAUGAAAAUUUCAACAGUAACGAAGCAAAUGAUCAGACAGUAGAGUUUGAUGGUGACGAAGGUGAAAGAAUGGAUUGCUAUAUUUGUUACAAGUCAUUUCCUAGUGAAGAUCAUCUUAUACGCCAUCAAAGAAAUGCUCACAAGUCUGAACCACUGGCACCAAUUGGAGAAAAUGCUGGCAAUGGAAGCGGGACUGGUUCUGUGAGUGGUAAUGGAAAUCGAGCACAGUAUCAUUUAUUUUUCGUAUGUGAAUUAUGUGGUAGUUCUCACCCAAGCAAAUGGGAACGCUGGCUUCAUGUCAGUAGUAUUCACAGCAAUGAGCCUGCUAUUAGAUGUGAACGGGACACCUGUGGCAAAAUUUUCGCUACUAGAUCAUUGCGCAAUGAACAUGUGCAACAUCAUUCUGCUCAAGGCGCUUCUCCGAACACUUGUGAAAUAUGCGGAAAACUUUGGGGUAGCCGAGUCGAUUAUUGGAAACAUGUGAUGGGCGUUCAUUCGGAUACCGUGCCUUUAAUUUGUGGUGUUUGUCUGAAGGUUUUCCCUGACGUGAUUCAACUAAGUGCCCAUGUAAAAGCUAAGCAUUGGCCUCUGACAAACGGAGAUUUUAGUUGCGAUAUUUGUGGCAGACCAUAUUCGAACAAGUCGAAAAUGUCCAGACACAGAAAAAUUCAUGGGCUGGAUGUAGAUAGUUAUAUAAAUAGCAAUGUUCUUGAGUCAAUUACCGACGCCACCAGGAUUGAUUACAUCAUUCCUGAUCCAAAUUUGAGCUGUGAAAUGUGUUCUAAUUUGAAAUUUGCAGAUUUAAAAGAAUUAUGUUCUCACAGACGAAAUAUUCACGGCUUGUUCCCGUGUGAUUUAUGUAACAAAUAUUACGGACGGACAUCUCACUUAUGGAAACAUGUUAAUCGCGUGCAUAAAGGACAUGAGGAUGUAACAUGCAGGUACUGUUCGAAGACAAGUGCAUCCAAGGAACAUUUAGCUGCCCAUAUUGCAAAGAUUCACAGGUAUGAACCCGAGACUAAAAAAGAAACACGGGAAUCGAUGAGUGUCAAAUCACCAAAUCCAGAUGACGAAACUCCUCAUCAUUGCGAAAAAUGUAACAAAGGGUUUCAUAAACGGUAUCUGUUACGUCGUCAUAUGAAAGGCUGUCAGAACUACCGAAAAGAUCCUGGGGCGCUACUAACUCGAUGCAGAGCUUGUGAAAGGAUAUUCAAGGAUCGUGCCAGUUUGCAAAAGCACAUAGAAAACCAUCAUAGUACAUACACGUGUCACCUCUGCAAUGAAGAAGUAACAUCAAAGUUAGGUAUUAUGACUCACAACAGAGUUCAUCAUAUGAACCAUCCUGACUUGACUUGCGAUCAUACCAACUGCAAGAAAUUAUUCAGAACCAGGGAAGAUCUGGAAUCUCAUAAAAAGGAUCACAAAUAUCACAAUACACCAAAUGUCUGUGAUUUUUGUGGUGACACCGUGGAAAAUAAGCUCAAAUUAAAAAUGCACAUUUUAUCCCUACAUAGAAACGAAAUCGGUGUUUCUUGUGGAGUUUGUUUGAUUCCGAUGAAGGAUCCCAAGGAAUUAAAGAGACAUGUAGAGGACGUUCAUAAUCAUAUUUUAUCAAAGCCAAAUACUUGCAAAGUAUGUGGCAAACAGUAUGCUUCUAAGUGGAAGGCUUUCGAUCAUACGAAAAAGUGUCAUGGAAAAGUAUUCCGGACUUGUAAACAAUGUCUUGCUGUCUUUACCAAAGAUGAGGCACUGAGAAACCAUUACGCCAAUGUUCACAAUGUUCCAAAAGACCAGUUAUCUGGCUUCAAUUAUCGAUUAGAGGCGUUGAGUGGAAAACCAGAAGACUAUGAACCAGCAAACUUACUUGUUAAAGAAGAACCGGAAGAUUUAGACUUUGAAGAAGAUGCAUGCGAUGAAGAUUCUAGCGAGUUGAAAAGAAAGAGACCUUUAAGUGACACGUUUGAUUGCGAUCUAUGUCACGAGAUAUUUUUAAAUGAUGAAACACUGACCCAACAUUGUCAAAAUGUCCAUAACAUGAAUCCUCUUAGGAAUUCAAAAAAAACGAAAACUGAUUGUGUAGGUGCUAAAAGAAAAAUGAGGGAGAGAGAAAACUUUGAAUGCAAGAAUUGCGGGAAACAGUUCUGUACAAAAACUUUGUUUUGGAACCAUAUCAAUGUUUGCACAAAACGUAAUAGUGUAAACAAAGAUAGUAAUAAUAGUUUUCCAACCUCAAUUCUUGAAGCGCAUUUGAAAAAUAACAAUCAAAUAAAAAAAGAAGAACCUGACCCUAUUCUGAACGAAUCAAAUUUGAAUAUACCAGACUUCAAUUUAUUUGAGGACAUAAACAUGCAACUUUCAGCUCAAAAACCUAUUCCUGACCUAAUGCCCAUAUCUUCGGUAAAAGGAAAUUCAAAUAGUAAGUACCCACGUAAGGAUUCUAGAAAAGUUUACGAUGAAUCAACAAAUACGGAGUGCGCAUGUGAAGUUUGUGGAAAACAGUGGCCAGCGAAGAAACAUUUAUGGCAGCAUCUGAUUCGUUUUCACAGAGCAGAAGCAGCCGUUACCUGUGGCGUUUGCUUAAAACUUUGUCAGACUUACGAGGAAUUAGCAAAUCACUUGACAGCAACACAUGCAGCGAUUCUGACUGGUGAAGGAAACAACUUCACAUGUAAAAUAUGUGGGAGAUAUCACAAUGCAAGAAGUAAAUUGUGGUUGCACAUGAGUAUUCAUAUCAAUUAUCAUGGUAUCGAGUGGUGUCAGAAUUGCCAACAAGGAUUCGAGGACAGAGAAAAAUUGACUGAGCAUUUGGAAAAUUGUACAGGAAGACAAAUUGAAUUUGAUGAUCAUAGUAAUGACAUAGAUGUAAGUGUACAAAAUGAAAAUGAUAAUGAAGAUAAGGGCAGUCUGAUAGAUGAAGAUAAUUCAUUAAUGGAAGAAACAGAAGAGUUAGAUUUUGAGUCUGAGGCAGAAGAUCAUGUAGCAGAAAAUCACGAGGACAGUAACACUGAUGUUUCAGACAGUGAUGCUAGCACCGGAAAUACAAGCGACGAGGUAGAAGACGACAUUGACAACGAAGAAGACGAAGAUGAUGGCGAGGAGGUAAAUGAAAUAGAUGAUGAAUCUGGCACACAGAGUAGAGUCACGGAAGAUCUCAGUAGUGAUUCACACAGCGAAGACGAGGAUUCUGAGCAUUCGGCUGAUGAUGUAUCUGAGCAUAGUGAUAAUGAUUUAAAUGACAAAGAACCGAAUAAUGUGAGUCUUCUGAGUGAUAGUGAUGACACAAACGUCAUGGAUACUGAAGAUUGUGACGAAAAUAAACUUCAGGAACAAGAAAAAAUUGUUGAUGUAAUUAAAAAUCCAAAAAACAAAACAGAGAAUGAAGAGGGAGAUUACAAUUCUCAAAAAGUCGAAGAGAGAUUGCAAUCACACAAUGUUGAUGAAAGAGAAUUUGAAGAAAGACCUUGCGAACUACAGAAUCAAGCACUUUUAAAAGAAGAGCCUGGAGAUUAUUUAGACGAUGAGGGUCCGCCUAUUUUAAGUCCAAUGGUACCAUUACCUGUAAAGACUGAUAUGGAAGAUGAGGAAACAAAUCAGUCGGAUACAGUGCAGCAUAAGUUGAGUCCAAUAGUAGUAACAGCUGCAAGUUCUGAAAGCCCCACAAUGGUGGGUGAACUGGACCAAAUUAGAGAUGAAAUAGAAAAACGUGAAUCGUCAUGGCCAGCUCCUAAUUCGAUAGAAGAUGAAGAUGAUGCCAGUACAAUGGAAAAUACGAAUAUAUCUACGAAUAAUUUGGCAGAAAUUUUGGAAUUAAACUCUGAUAAUGAUCAAGAAAGUGCGGAACUCCAAGCUGAAGAUGAAGGUGCAGAGGUUGAGGAUGAAGUUUCUGAAAAUGAGGAGGAUUCUGGAAAUGAAGAGGCUACCUUGAAUGAUGUAGAAGACAGAUCAGAUAGUGAAGACCAUAAUGAAGAAACAGUAGAACAUAGUAAUGAGCACCAGGAAGAUAAUUUGGCAAUGCCAAGUGCAGUUGACAUUACAGAGGAUGUAUGUGAUGAAAAUUCAAACGAGGAAAGUGCUGAUAUGGAAGUAGUAGAUAAUGCAAACACUGUGCAAAUACCCGAUUUAGAUGGAACUGUACUUAUGGUUGCAAAUGAUGCUGAUGGUAAUCAGAUUCUAAUACAGCGUAAUGUUUCUGAUUUUCCCAAUGAAGAUUCGAAUCCCGAAGUGACAGAAUACAUUUUACAAGAAGAUAACGAGUAUGAAAUAGAUAACUAUGAUGUAUCUUUAAACGAGGAGGAUGAAACGCAACAGUCUGACGAUAGUUCCAAGGUCUCGGAAGAAGAGAAGAAUAUUGAAUGCGAAGAGAAUUGUAUGGAAACUGAAGAUAAUACAGAAGCAGUAGAAGACGGUCCGAUAUCUAUCAUCAGUGCCAAAAGAAAAGUGUCAAGGACGUAACUUACUUUGUACAAAUAAAUUUAAGAAAUUAAUCAACUAUUAUACUAAUCCAAAACAAAGUUAUUUUUUAACAAACCACGAUUUUCUGGCUUAGGUGAAACUGUUUGCCAGGAAUUAUUCAUGAUACGAAAGAUUCUGUGGGCAUUAAACCACACUGAGUUUUAUACAAGCAUAAAGUAUUACCAAAAAUAUUUCAUUGAAAUAAAGCCAGUUGUCUUACGGGCCAACAUAGACUCAUUAUUCAAAACAAGUAUCUACAUAUUAUACGUUCUUAUUUUAGGGUACAUUUUAGUGUACCAAUGCCUCAAAAUUAACAAUAAAAAUAAGUCGACAUUUUUUGGGUACCAAACUUGAGCACAAGUGGUAAAGUACAAUUGAGCAAUCCUUUUAUUUUCAUCUCAACCCUAUAUAUAUAUAGUUACAUAUAAUUGUGGAAAUAAACGAUUCAAAACUCAGGGCUUAAAUAUUUAGUGGCACAGGCACGGUCAUGCUUUUUGUGCUAUGAAUAUCCGAAAUGCUACAGAUUAAUGUACAAUAUCCGCAAUGUCGAGUUAAGGCCAUAUCAAGAUGGAAAUGUUAUAUGAUACAAGUGAAAUAACUUUUUAAGUUUCAAUAAAUCUGGUAAAAUUGUAAAUUUGCGUGAAGAGCACAAACUUGUUAAAUGGUUAUACGUAUAAUAAUGGUUACUGACCAUUCCCUCCUGUACCCCACACAAGCUAUUAGUUGCUCGUGGAGGAUAUACCCUUUCAGGAAUAGCGGGUUUGUAAGUAAUUACUGUUAUUAUUAUUAUUGUAACAUUCAUAGUUCCGAACUAAAUUGUUAUUUGUAUAAUAUCGUGUUAUGAGGUAAUUCGAAUAAUUUUGGUAAUUUUCGGUGAACUUUCGUUGCUACGUAUCAAUUUCUUGAUUAAUCAGUAAUUCUGAUAAUAGGACGAUACGUCAUCAAAUACGUCCGUAUUUAUUUGCCAUAUAUACAUAUACACACACAUAUACACACACAUAUACAUAUAUUAUAUUUGACAUAUCAGUGUUACAGGCAGAUUGGAUAAUCUGGAAUAUUCACAAAAUACUGGUAUUGUCAUUAGGUCGUAUGAAAUUGUACACGUGUUACAUAUUCUAUAUGAAUUCAAGAUAUUCCAGGAUCCGGGUGAGUGAAACGUAUUCCAUCAGCAAAUUGUUUUACGCCCGCAAACGUAAUCUAUAGAUUUAUUACUUUAUGACUUUUCCGUUGUUUGAGUCUGUCAGUAGAUCCAGUGAUUCAUAAUGAAGUAGAAUCGCAACAUAUUCUCUACUAGUGAGUCUACUAAACUAGUCAUAGAUUAUCUAUUCCGCCUGAAACAUCAAUAUUAUUUAUUGUAUUCAUUCCAAAAUAAUUAUUGAAUAGUAUGACAGUUUAUCUACGUAUUCAAAUUACAUAAUUAGUUGACUACGAAUGACAAAAAUUGAAUGGUUGUGUUUACCUGCCGAUUUUCUACUUUGCUUAUAAGAAUUCUACAAAUCUUAAUUUUGUUUGUGCUGAUUCUCAACUUUUCUUAAAAUAUUUUAAACAUGCUACACACACCUUGAAUACUGCAAAAAACGGGUCACAAUGUGAAAAUAUAAAGUGGUCUAGAAAAUGUUUUCUGGAUAUUUUCUCUGUAAAUAUUGUAGCAUAUUGCUGUCAUUUAGGCAAGUAACUAUAAAAUUAAAUUUUAAGUUGUGAUAAAAUGAAAAACAGUCAUACUAUAUUUUCUAUUUUAUAAUGACACUUUGUUUCGUUUAGACUUAAAAUUUCAUAUAUAAGGAAAUGUAUAUUGUGAUAAGUCGAUCACUUGUAUAAAAAAAUUAACAAACCAUUUACUUAAGUUCAACAAUAAUACAAAGCAUAUGAAUGAAGUUGGUUUAAUUAUUAGUUAAUUAAAAUUGGAUUAAUUGAUCAUUUCAACAGGUAAAAUUAUAUCACUAGAAUUUGCUAAUAUAACAGUUAUAUAAGAUGAAAACCUUUUGAAAUAAAUGCCUAAAGUUAA